AUGCCAGUAUUAAUGAAGGAUGAGAAGAAAUACAGCGAUUGUGUUGAUGUGUUGGAUCAGUUGGAAGAAUGGACACAAGACAUAUACAAGGCAAGUGGUAUGUGCAAAGAUCAGCCAGACCAACCCUCUGUUUCCCCACCCUUGGUAGAAGUUUCAACACGGCCAGAUCAACCUAGAUCCCAUAUCCCACCUGCAGCAUCAGAUUUUGAUCCACUUCAAGGAGUAAAGAUUCCUUGUUUUGGUGAUGAAUUAACAAGAGUGAGGUUUGCUGGUGCACUUGAUCUCCGUUCUGGUUGUCAUACGGCAAAGCAGCGUCUUGACCAUCUGUAUCCGUAUCGUAUUGUUGGAUGGCAUACGAAGAGGAGUAUUUUAAAGGUAAGCUUGAAUUUUUAUCUGUUAGAAAUAUAG